CCCAGAACGUGGCAUGUACCAGGUGCCACCCCGCGGAGUAUCCACUUAGUGUUGUCCGAAAAAAUACAUCAUGCAGCAGUACGAAGCGGAAACCUGCAAGUGCCCGGACGAGUACACCCCGUACCGGACGACGCUCGACGAGGACGAUCUUCGGCUGGCCAGGGACGAACUGCACGAAGACGAUGACACACGCGAUCCAUCGUUGGCUCAGAUGCGCGAAUUCAUUGCGAAACAUCCGCGGAUCGUUCGGUGCCGUACGGAUCCGGUCUUUCUGUUACGCUUCCUGCGCUUCACGAAAUUCAACGUUCCCCGGGCCUGUGACAUACUGGUGCGUGCGAUGACGCAGCUAAUGCGCCGACGGGCCACCUACGGCGCCGAGGCCGCCGAUCUGCUGCAUCCGGACGUACAACGGUUGCUCGAGGUGGCCGCGAUCGUACCGCUGGGCUAUGAUUCGCAACGCCGUAUGGUUGUGCUGUGCCGUGCCGCUGCACUGGAUCCACGUACGACAACCUCAAUGCUGCACAUGCAACUCGGAGGACUUAUUCUUGGGACCUGCCAGGAGUACGAGCUGAUCCAGGUGCGUGGUCUCGUCGUGCUGAUGGACUUCUCCGGUCUUUCGAUGGCCCACUGUGCUAUGUGGAGUCUCAGUGAUGUCAAGCUGACGGCCGAGUACGUGAACGAGUUGAUUGCGAUGCGCGUCAAGGAGGUCCAUAUGAUCCAGGUGCCGCGGUUCGCUUGGUUGCUGCUGGAUCUGUUUCUACCGCUGCUCAGCCCGAAAAUGAAGGAACGGUUUAAGUUCCAUCGGACGUUUGAUGAGCUGCGUGGUUCGCUCGACCCGGCGCUACUGCCCACAAUCUACGGUGGCCAGCAGUCGCUGGAGAAAGCGAACGAGAACUUUCGCACCGGCAUGUUCGAGCGGCAGCGGAAGUGGUUCGAGGUUGAGCGGCAACUGCACAUGGACCUUGGUGGCGGUACUAAUGGGGUACGCGGACCGCGGAACGGGUUCCACGAGGAGGAACUCGCUAUGGUUGGCAGCUUUCGUAAGCUGACCGUCGAUUGACUGAACCUCUGGGUCGGUUCAGUCAGACCAGAGGCGAUCGGUGUCCGGUGUUGGGAAACGUGAAAUGGGCUGAUGGGUGGUUCGGUAUUGCAAAUUGACAUUCCGGAGACAGUCCGGCGCUAUAUCCGAUGACAACGUAACGCAGCGGCACGUAAUGUCGUCGUUUUCAACUGGUCAUUUGACGGUUAAUGGGACCCUAUCCUGGGUAAACAGGUAGCUACGACAUCUUGUACCCGCCGGACAAUCGACUUUUGGGAAGUGACGUCCCAGCCUUAAGACGCAUACCUGACCGUUUGGUGUGUGUGUGUGUGUGUUGUGAGUCCGAGCGGAUAGCGAUAGGUGGAUUGCGUGUCUUGUGGCUAUUGAAGCGGUGUUUUCCGCUAGCUGGUUUGACCUUGGCUUGGCUAAUAGGUACAUCUGUUGCCGCGUGGACGCUUCGACGACGUAACGGUGCUGCACGGCAGCGGUUAAAUGGCGAGGACUUCCUCCAACAACCUCCAUCUAUCAGUGAACCAUGUUUUCGGCUUUCUGCUGACCUUCACAUCGCGAUGCUGCUAUUGGUUCGGGUAUUAAUCAUCGUGCAACGAACCACCACCCACCCACCCAUCCACCGACCGUCCAUUCAUUUCAGGGGUGGAGUAAUACCCAUCACGCGUCACGCGCCCGUCGAAACAGAAAUGGUGCUAUUUUUCAAAAAUAAAUAAAACCAA